AAUCAUUGAGUAGUCAUGGGUGGUCGGAGCAGUAACAGAACUACUGGCGCAGUAUUGAAGAUGUUCAUCAUCAGCUGGACAGUUGAACUUCACUUCAGAUUGUUGGUGGCCAUUAUGUUUCUAGGCGAUAACGAAGAAGUUGUCGUGCCAAGUAAAGUUUUGGAGGUGAUGAUGAAUGAUGAAAGGAGCAGGGAUAUUUUGAAGGCCAUGAAUGUGCAGAAAUUAACCAGGGAACACGUCGCCAGCCAUUUGCAGAAGCUUCGUCGAUUCUUAUAUAGCGAAAGCAGUAGGGUGAAUAAAUUUGCGAGAUGGCAUCGUGUGGAUGACCGUAUUUGGCAGGGGCAUGAGGAAAUCAAACGCCGCCAACUAGUCAAACCGCCGCCCAAUAGUAGCCCCCGCCUUCGCCGCCGCCUUGAUGUUGUCCCUUUGUCGACCACCGAGCAAGAUGAAUCAAUGGUUUGCUCUACCUCUAGCUCUAUCACCAUCACCAACACCAACAACACUAAUAAUAAUAAUAAUAAUAAUAAUAAUGUUUCGACGAUACCGAGUUUCGGAGACAACAACGUUGUUGCCGCCGCAGGAAACUACGACACCCAAACUAUGGCGGCUUCUUUUGGCCACAAUAUGAUUUCUGUAGCAGCAACGCCUCCAAUCUAUAACAAUAUUGGACUUGGACAACAUCUCACUCCUGAUUUUAUAUAUAAUAAUAUUAAUCAGGAACAGGGAUUUGGAGAAAUAUGUCAGCUGCAAGGAAUUAAUUACGAUAUUUCUGGGCUAGAUUUAUCUAGUUUGGAUGGCUUAAACAAAGGAUUUCAAGACUGGAAAGAAAAAGAUUGGUUGUGGCCUUAA